UGUACGUUUGUGUGUGUGCUAGCGUGUGUGUGUGUGUUGUGUGUAUAUGUCUGUGUGCUGCAAACACUUCGCAAUUGUAUUCUACCUAAUAUUCCAGAUGAUAAGCGCCUUGUCACGUGACCGAUGUGCUCACACAGGGACCCACUCCCUGCUCAUCAACCUCGCCUGCUCAGAGCUGCUCUUCUCCUUGGGGAUUCCUAUAGUGGUCACAACCAGACUGACCAUCGACUGGACUCUGGGGGACCCGCUCUGUAAACUGGUAAACUACACGGAGUUUGUCUGUGGUAUGAGCUCGCUUCUCUCCCUUGCCACCAUCAGCGUCGAUCGUCUGCUCUGCGUUCGCCAAGGGGGACAACUGAGGCUUUCAACAACAGUUACGAAGCUGAUCAUCGUCAUUAUCUGGAUUAUCUCCCUGGUGUUCUCUGCCCCAGUCGCUGUUGCGGAGACCACAUUGACCGCCAGUAUUGGAGGCUCUGAUUUUCAAAUUUGUACGUCGAACCAAACUAGUAAUGGUAGAUCUAGCAGCGUGGCAAGCAAUGAUGGAUUACUUCAGAAUUGCACACAGUUCUGUCAGCAGCGCGUGUUUUGUGGGGUGUCAUGGCCGCAUGGCUUCGACGCUGCAUCGUACUUGAUUUCUAUCGCCAUUCUUUGUUUCUUUGUGCCGACUGUCAUCACUUGUGCGUGUUACGCGUAUAUUUACGUCAUCGUUAUGAAUUCAUCUCGGAAUAUUACUCGACAAAGUCAAGCCUCAUUGGACAUGGCGACGUGUGGACCUUCUAUGACUCAAAGUAGCCAGUAUUGCGACAGAUCUCAGCCACCCCCACACCCACACCGGAGACCAACAACAACAGCAUCGUCCUGUCACGUGAUUGAGCAGCCACGCCCAUCGUGCGACGUCAGAAGACGCCAAGACCGGCUCGUCCGCCUCACUUCCGCCAUCGUCCUCACAUUCUUCCUAAUGUGGCUCCCGUUUUUCGUCAUCAGCAACCUGGCAUCUAGUCAGACAAGGGUGAGCUCUACAGCCCUGACCUUGACCCUUAUUCUCGCUCACAGCAACGCGUGCGUCAACCCGUUGUUAUACGGGUACUUCCACCCAGCCUGCCGGCGUCAACGGGAGCAGAGAAGAUGUCUGAAAGGUUUCCCCCUGGAAUGCUUUCGUUGCUGUUGCUGCUGCUACUCCUGGUGUUUUUCCGAGGGAUCUGUUGGUCCUGCGAUGAAUGAGGAAGGCGGUAACAGUUGUGGGACGGAGGAGGCACAUCGCUGUAGCAUGGGGAGGUACACACACACGUCUCCUCUGGCAACACCGACCAUGAUGAGAUGAUCCCACUUUUGUUGGUUGUUCCAGGACCACCUGAACAGUAUUAUGAUAAUAUGUCCGUAUGCAAGUCGCGGGUAUAAGUCAUGUCUGUCACAACUGCAAAACUAUUGUUUUAGAAAAAAGAAAUUUCCCCAAAAACACCAACUGGAACUUGGGUUCUUUAUAAGUACUGAUUAUGUAAUGUGUGUUAUUCCACUUUGCAGGUCAUUGAGGGAACUUGAAUAAAUUGAAAGAAAAGAUGUUUUACUAUUUCUAAUAUGAAACACAGACGAAAAAUAAUACAAAGUAUCAGUGUGUUUGUAGAUAUGCGAAGGGCGCUGACAAAAUGAGUUACUUCUCGGAUUCGAGCCCUAUGAAAAUAGAUACGUCACGCUUA